UCGUGUCGUGCAAGUCAUGUAUUGCAUCUGCAUUCUGUGAUUCUGUGCUCCGAAAUUUCAUUACGGCCUAGUUAACGGGAUUACGAGAAUAUUUAUGUGGGGCUAGGGACAAAUAGGGAGUUACUAUAAUUAUUGAGUUUAUUAUGGCUGGGAAUAAUCAAUAUUUAUUUAUUUAUGAGAAUAAGGCAUUUUAUGUCAUCAAUAACCUGUAAUUCGCCACGAAACGAGUUUUGUAACCAUGAGACUGUGGCUAGUGACGCUGCAUAUCCUCAUGGUGGGUUCGAACCUUUGGGCAUCGGCCCACUUCCACGAGGACCUGGAGGAUAACGAAUUUGCGGAGUUUGAGGACUUUGAUGAGGACCAGAGCCACCAGAAAAAAAAGCCCCUGGAAUCUGUCAAACCCUCGUCGCCUCCAGUGCCCUCGGAGGAGCUGUUCGAGGAAGACGACGGUGUCGUGGAGGACGAUGUAGACUCUGAAUUCGAUCAUUUCCAGGACGAGGAGGAGUUCGAGGGUCUGGAGUCGAGCCAGAGAAGUGGCAAGAAUGAUGAGCCCACACCCCUAACCAUAACUAAAGUUCCCUACUUUCGUGCUAGAUGGGAUCACUUCUACCUAGAGAUCCUAAUGGUGACAGGACUCGUCGUCUACUUCAUCAAUUACCUCGCAGGAAGAUCUAAGAACCUGAGAUUCUGUGAGAAAUGGCUGCAGGACAACAAGAAAAUCCUUCGAGAGAAUUUCUCACUGGUGGGGGACACUGGGACAAACAUCGAGGACGAUAACGGCCUCGUAAAGGAAUCAGAGUCCCAGUAUGAGAUUUAUUGCUCUGGGAGGGUGGGCUGUGAGUCCAUGCUGAUAGAGCUGAAACUAAUUAAGAGACAGGACCUUGUCGCUGUUCUCUCUCAGAUUGUCAGGCCCCAAAGCGAUCAGGCGCACUUCAAGAUUGAACUUUCCAAGGACGAGAGCGAUAACUUCGUCUUGGCUCUCGCCACAAAAAAAACAGCCAUGCACCUCACCAAAGACAUCGCAGAUAUUGCCACUUACUGUCCUGAGAGAAGACCUGGCGACAAAUUUGGCUUGCCUCCUGGCUUUUUCGUUCUGUCGGAAAUCGCUGAGGCCACCAGUGCCAUCCUUGAUACCAGAGUACUCCAGGCUAUCAACAAAUAUCCACAGCUUGUUGACUACAUUCACAUUAGCGACCAGUUCAGUGGAGCUAAACAGCAGGAGGAAAGUGGACAGCUGUCAAUGCCCGACGUCAAAAGAGUUCUUCUCAUUGGACUGAAUAUCAGUAUCAAGGGCAAAGUACUUACCGGAGAGAAUCAGGAAAAGAUGAGGCAAUUGUUACAAUUGUCUUUUUAUCUAUUGGAUAAGUUGAGGAGAUUCAAACUUUCAAAGGAGGGCAAAGGAAAAUCCGAUAAAAAUCGGUUGCGCGUGGAAGAAGCAUUUUUAAAAUCCACUCAUGCAGCUCGUGCGGAGGCAGCAGCUCAGAAACGAGAGGAAAAAAGACGAGCUGAAAAGGAGAGAAUCCUCCAGGAGGAGGACCCUGAUAAACAGAGGAGGUGGGAGGAGAAGGAGCAAAAGAGAUUAGCUAAGAAGAGAGCACCUAGGAUGAAGCAACUCAAGGUCAAGGCUUUGUGAUCCAUAGAUAAAUAUCGUAACUACGUUUUUCAAUGGACACUAUUUUUUAAUUCAUUUUUUGAGAUCCUCGAGAAGCGGACUGAAGUCAUUCGUAUUUAAGCCAAUACACGAUUCAUUGGAUGCAAUCAGAAUGAUUGGGCGAAGUUUUCCUAGAUGAUUUUGUACGGAUAAAUAUCCAUUAAGAAUAUAUACAAAUGGAAUUAAGUUUUAAUGAAAUUGUCUUUGUUAAAAUAUAAAUCCAUUCCUUUUAA